AUGGGAAGUUGUUGUAGUAAUAGGAGUGUACAAAUAAUUUCAGAAAAUCAAUUGCCAGUCGAUUCGAUUCUCAAAACCCGUAUUGUUGACCCCAGUAAAUUAGAAAAUGUGGAAUUAAUAAUUUCAGAAUAUGCUGCAAGGAUCAAAGGAGAAUUCGAAAAUAAAGUUGAGAAAUUUUUGGAGCCUGCAAAUCCGCUGACACUUCAACAGUUCGAGUCUAUGAUUAAAUCACAAUAUGACCAGCUGUCUGGGCAAUUCAAAGAGCUUUUUAUAAAUGAAGAAUCUGGAUGAAAUGUACCUUUUGAAUUGAUUGAGAAAAGUUUGUCGGCGUUACUAUCAAGCUGCAAAGCGAAAGAACCUAUUUUUCGACUUAUGAAUGAUAUUAAUUCAGUUGAGUACACAAAUGCUCUUAAGCUCGAACUUUUGGAAGAGUUUCUGUUGAAUCACUCAUCUCCAGUCGUCCUAUUAAAAAAAUACCAAAAGUCUUCUAAAGGUACUUUUGUGAUGCAAGGCCUCAGUGAACUUUAUGAGUUAAUAUUCUCUAUCGAAUAAAUUCAGAAUUUAUAAUAUUUUGUGGUUUGCACAAAUUUUAUUGUAAAAAAAUAAGUUUUUUCAAGUAGAUAUAUAGUCAUAUAGUAUAAAUUCCAGUGAUAAAGAACCUCAAACUCUGAAGACUACUGUACAUAAUCAAUUGAAACGAGCCAGAGAAAGCCUUUCAAUAGAAAAAUCCAAAGCAGAAACCAUGUAUUACGGUGUCAUGAAUUUAUCAUGACACAUAAUACCUGAGAAUGAUGUAUUCUCUAAUAAAGGAGAUACAGAAAAUCGUGAGUUCUCUGCUACGUCUAUGUCAACUGGUGAGAGGCCUUAUAAUUCCUUUUAUAAUUCACUUGAGUUGACAGUAGAAAACCUAGAGCAUGAUAAAUGCUUAGAAGUUGAAGGAAAAAUCAUUGAAGAAAAUUCCGAAUUUUAUUUAAAUCAGUCAGCAGAUGAAGAGGUCAUAAAAGAUGAUGGCAAAGAAAAGAAGCAGACAGUGGUAAGCAACUGUGACACUUCAUACACAACUGACAGAAAAAUAGAAAAAUCCAAGCCUCAUUCGAAAAAGAAGCCAAUUGAUAAAAAUUUCCUCAAAAAGUCAAAAACUUCGGCCACAGUAAAUAGAUUUGUUAAUGAAGGUUUGGAAAAACUUAAAGAAAUGCCGUAUAAUAAAAUGAGAAAAAACGCCAAAGGCGACAAAACUUAA